CCUAGAUUUGCCUUUGUCCACAGUGCACAACAUUAUCAAGAAGUUUGCAACCCAUGGCACUGUAGCUAAUCUCCCUGGGCGUGGACGGAAGAGAAAAAUUGAUGAAAGGUGUCAACGCAGGAUAGUCCGGAUGGUGGAUAAGCAGCCUCAAACAAGUUCCAAAGAUAUUCAAGCUGUCCCGCAGGCUCUGGGAUCAUCAGUGUCAGCACGAACUAUCCGUUGACAUUUAAAUGAAAUGAAACACUAUGGCACGAGACCCAGGAGGACCCCACUGCUGACACAGAGACAUGAAAAAGCACAAAAUGACAAAAUCCUUCUUAGAAAACAUCUUGUGAACAGAUGAGACCAAGAGAGAGCUUUUUGGCAAAGCACAUCAUUCGACUGUUUACUGAAAACGUAAUGAGGCCUACAAAGAAAAGAACAUAGUACCUACAGUGAAAUAUGGUAGAGGUUUUGGGGUUGUUUUGCUGCCUCUGGCACUGGGUUCCUUGAAUGUGUGCAAGGCAUCAUGAAAUCUGAGGAUUACCAACGGAUUUUGGGUCGCACUGUAGAGCCCAGUGUCAGAAAGCUGGGUUUGUGUCCAAGAUCUUGGGUCUUCCAGCAGGACAAUGACCCCAAACAUACAUCAAAAAGCACCCAGAAAUGGAUGGCAACAAAGCGCUGGAGAGUUCUGAAGUGGCCAGCAAUGAGUCCAGAUCUAAAUCCCAUUGAACACCUGUGGAGAGAUCUUAAAAUUGCUGUUGGGAAAAGGCGCCUUCAAAUAAGAGAGACCUGGAGCAGUUUGCAAAGGAAGAGUGGUCCAACAUUCCAACUGAGAGGUGUCCAUUUUUAUACUUUUUAGUGUGCAAACUAGCGCAACACAAACCUAGCAUCUCCCAUAGCAACAGACCGCCAGGGGCACUCCUGCAUACUAACUCUAUGUAAUAUCACAUCAGAAGUAUCCAGCAAAAGAUAUACUGUGCUUUAGUACCAUCCUUACCAGCUGUACAGAUUAACUCUUCUUUGACCAACUUCACUACAAGAUCAGGACCUGUGGUCGUUUCUACAAUCUCUGUAUACUGACUGUGUCCUCAUUAUCUGCUGAUCAAUAAAUUGAGUCUUUACUGAGAUGUGAGCCAUGAAAUAAACAGAAACACAGAGAAAUGAAGGCGGAGGAUACAGGGGGCAUAGAAAGUUCCAUGAGUUGUUUAUUUUGAAGCAUCGGUACUAAGGAAUAAUAUUAUUCACUGUGGUGAGGAGACAUGAUCCUCCUACUUCAUCUGUGCCCCAGAAUGUCUAAUGGCGACUGCAUGCACUGUUACAAAGGCACAGGGAUAUGCAGAAUACAAACAGGGAAGGAGGUGAGAGCCCUGUUUAGAGCUGUUUCCAGCCCAUGACAUAAUGUAAUACAGAAGGUAUAAGGACCUCCUGGUGUGAAAAUACUCUGUGCCAUAUAUAAUUCCUCCAAAGUAUCCGGGAGCUCUGAAAAUCAUAGAAGAGCCAGCCACCCAUCUGGUGCAUCUAGGGAAUAGCAGGAGAAUAAUCAACACCCCUGGAGAGACCCUUUGAGAGAUCUUAGCAAUGGACUCUGCUCCACCCCUUCUUACUCAAGCACUGCCAUCUUCACGAUCUCCUCCUCUUUCUCAUAUGAACCCUUCUCCUCCUUCUCCAUCUGUUUCACAACAAAUUAAUAUUUCUCAUGCAUCAUCUCAGUCUGCUUCCCCUUCAACUCCAUCAUCUCCAAUUCAUAUCUCACCCCCUCUUGAGCCUUCUCCAUCACCGCCUACUGCUUCAAUUCAUCAUGUCACUACUUUUCCUCACCCUUCCCAAUGUUCACCUUCUAAAUCUUCACCUUUAGCAUGUGUCAGUCCUCCUGCAACUUCUCUCCCCCUCACUUCUCCUCCAGUUUCCCCUUCACCUGUCUCUCUCUGCCCCCCACCUGAGAGUCUUUCUCCUCAAAGGGUAACUUUCUGUCCCCUUCCUGUAUCCCCCAGCCCACCUCCCAUUGCCCUCUCUCCCCUGCCACCAUCUAUUUCUCCUCCUCCAAUUUCUCCUUCCCCUUCUUUAGUUUCUCCCUUCCCACCUGCAGACUUAUCUGCUCCUUCCUCACCUCCAACCUCCCCUUGUGUUACAGUUAUUCCAACCUCACCACAGAACCCCGAAGACUCCCCAGUAUACUCAUUACCACCAACCUCCCCCUCUCCUCCUCCAUCUUCCAUUUCUCCAUCUCAGGCCUCACCUUCUCCUCCUGCCCCUUCUUCCCUCCUUAGCCUUUCAUUUGCUGAUGAAGAACUGGAUCUUCAACGUCAUUCCAAUGGUUUUUCUGAUGGUUCAAGUUCUAAGUCUCGUCAGUUCCCAUGUACAAUAUGUGGAAAGCAAUUCCGUUUUAUCAGCAUUCUAGCACUCCAUGCAAGCACGCACAAGGUGCGUGGGGCACUUAACCAGGGUCGUGGAGGGCUUAAGAAAUUUGAGACAUAUUCCCAAAGGUCCCUGUUGCUGCAGCAGCAACAUGAGAAAGAACCUAAUUCUUCUGAUAUACAAAACUCAACACCAGAUAACAUUCAGGAACCAGUCCCUCUUUUGUCUAUACCUACUCCACUUCCAACACUACGCCACCCUUGUCCUUUCUGCAAAGGUAAAUUCCGUAAAGCAGCUGAACUGGAGCGUCACCUCAGAAUACUUCAUAGGCCUUAUAAGUGUCACCUGUGUGACUUUGCAGCAUCUCAGGAGGGUGAGCUGAUGGGACAUGUUGAAAGGAGGCAUACAGCACCGCAGCUACCCAAGAUUGUUCCACCUUUACCUGCCCCUAAUCCCACUCCAGCUUUGCCUCCUGCUGAGUUCAAAUGUGAAAUCUGUUCUCAGAGCUUCACUCAGUCCUGGUUCUUAAAGGGUCAUAUGCGCAAACAUAAAGAUUCCUUUGAUCAUCGUUGUUCAGUUUGUGGACGAUGCUUCAAGGAGUCAUGGUUUCUGAAGAACCAUAUGAAGGUCCAUAUUGGCAAGAUAAAAGGAGUAGGAGGUCAGGAACCACCUGUGCAUCAACCGUCACAAUCUUCUCAUGUCACCACUACAAAUUCUCCAUCAUCGUCCUCCUCUUCCAGGCUCCUUGGAUAUCAAAAUUUCUACUCUGGUCUCUUAUUGAGGUUGCCUCCUCCUGGGGAUGCUACCUGUUCCCAAAUGCUUCAGGCCACAGCAAGAGCAGUGCAGAGUGUGGAUGGAGAACAAGAUGGAGCAGGGGCAUCUGUUAGGGGACAGGCAAUGAGUGCAGCAAUCGGAGAAGCAACCUCUUCCAAGGUUAUGCUACCCCAAGGGUCAUCUGGAAUCGUACUGAAAACAGUGGGUUUUGCAGAUAAGAAUGGAUGGAGCGUCAACUCUUCCCAGGUAGAGAGACCACGUGGAUCAACUGGGAGAGACUGUCCGUUUUGCGCUAAAUCCUUCCGUUCGUCCCAUCACCUUAAGGUGCAUCUUCGUGUUCACACAGGAGAGAGACCUUAUAAGUGUCCUCAUUGUUCAUAUGCUGGUACUCAAUCUGGGUCUCUGAAGUACCAUCUGCAGAGACAUCACCGGGACUCCAAACUUGCUGCAGGUGUCCCUUUGAGGGGCAAGAACAUUCAGCAAGGUGCAACCCAGCAAGAUCGACUACUUCCUGUGUCUACAGCUUGGGCUAAUUCCUGCACUGAUUUGCCUGCAACUUGUGAAGAUGGAACCUCUCUACCCCUCCGUCUUCAUGUGACCGAGGGCCAAGGUCCUAGUGCAUUUCCUCGCAUGACUGGUAGAGGUGGACAAAGGAGAAGGAGUCCUUCACAUCAACCAACUAAUGGAAGACCAGAGCAUGAGCCUUUGGAUUUGUCUCAAGGAAACCCCUUUCAUCGCUGCAUGUACUGUCCAUUUGUAACUUCUGUAGGGGAGCUAAUGAGCUUACAUCUUCAAGUGCAUCAUGGGAGGAGAUCACGUAGAAAGGGAGGAUAUAUAAGAGGAAGACCCCGCCCUGUGCUUUCUCCACAGUCCCAAGGCGUUAGCCUGAGAGACAGCCCAGAGCCAUGUGAAAGCACUGAGUGAUCUAAUAAUUAAAGGGCAGAUGGUAUGAGAAGUGCCCUGUACCUGCCCAAAAUCCAUUAUCCACAUAUAAAGAGAGAAGAAACGUUUAGGCAUGAUGAAGUGUGAGGGUUAGAUAGAGAAGAUGUAAGGGCUUAUGAUGGAUAGAGAAGGGAGACAGCUAGAAACUGGAAAGAGUGAUUGAGGAACAUAGAAAAUGGGUGUGUGGGUGUAACAGACGGGUAGAUUGUGGCAGAGACAGGAAAAAUGGAGGUCGAAUGUGAGAGCGUUAGGGAAGGUACUGUGGGAAGAUAGCUGGGAUAUAUUGCAGUUGACAGAGACAGUCAGUGAUACCCUUUCUGGGAGAGACAGUCAGUGGCAGUAAAGACAGUAAGGUUAGCAGUGAGAAGAUAAACAAAAUGUCUGUUUUUCAGAGGUAAUAAGAGUAAGCAAUAAUUGUGAGAUUGAGAGACAAUUCUGGAGAGUGGAUGCAGGCAAAACAUUGUAACCGAAACAGCGAAAGAAUAAGGGAGGAUGCUUUUCACUACUGUGGUAGAAUGCUUGCAGCAUAUCUGAGUUAUGAGAUGAGAACCAGCUAUAGAAAUAGGAUCAAAGAAAGUUAGUGAUAGAACGAGAAACACUAGACAUAGGGUUAUUAAAGGAUAAAAUAGACAUGUUAGUAAUAAUGAUUAUUUUGCCCCAGAAAAUUUCCUUUCUGGUUGUUGCUGAGACUUUAUUUUUGAUAUUAUAAUUUGGAUUGUUCUUCAAACCCAACUGCCGGUAGUCACCCCAAAACACAUGACCCUUCUUUCACAUUCCCAAAUGAUUUAGAAUUCUGCUGAAAUAAUACAUUUCCACAUUUAGAGAUUUCUAUAUUUUUUUUUAUUCUUUUCUUGUAGAAAAAAAAUAAAUUUGGAAAAAAUUUAAUAAACUCUGUUUUAAAAUAAUAUUGAAAUUUUAGCAGAAACAAAGCGCUUAUGUGACCACAACAUGAUGAUUAUUAUAAUUGUUAUUAUUGUCAAUCAAUUUGUAGCAAUUUUUAACAUGAACAAAUCAAGUACAGGAGAAAAAAGUGUGUCCACAGUGAAAGUUCAAUAUACACUGCUCAAAAAAAUAAAGGGAACACUUA